AUGGAGGUGGAUGCAGACGAGAAGCGCCAUCGCACACGCUCCAAAGGUGUUCGAGUUCCCGUGGAACCAGCCAUACAAGAGCUGUUCAGCUGUCCCACGCCUGGCUGUGAUGGCAGUGGUCAUGUUAGUGGCAAAUAUGCAAGACACAGAAGUGUUUAUGGCUGUCCGUUGGCAAAAAAAAGAAAAACACAAGAUAAGCAACCCCAAGAACCAGCCCCCAAAAGAAAACCCUUUGUGGUUAAAGCAGACAACUCGUCAGUAGAUGAGUGCUAUGAAACUGAUGGAACAGAGGAGAUGGAUGAAAAGGAAGAGGAAGAAGAGGAAGAAGAUGAAGAGGAGGAGGAAUAUUCUGAUGAUAAUGAGGAGCAAGGUGACGAGGAGGAGGAUGAUGAGGAGAUAGAUCGAGAAGAAGAAGAGGAGAUUGAGGAGGAAGAAGAGGAGGAUGAAGAGGAAGGUGAAGAUGUGGAGGAUGAAGAGGAGGAGGAAGAAGAAGAGGAGGAAGAAGAGGAGGAGGAGGAAGAACAAGACCAUCAAAUGAAUUGUCACAAUACUCGAAUAAUGCAAGACACAGAAAAAGACGAUAACAAUAAUGAUGAGUAUGAUAAUUACGAUGAACUGGUGGCCAAGUCAUUGUUAAAUCUUGGCAAAAUUGCAGAGGAUGCAGCAUACAGAGCCAGGACAGAAUCAGAAAUGAACAGCAAUACAUCUAAUAGUCUGGAAGAUGAUAGUGACAAAAAUGAAAAUAUCGGUCGAAAAAGUGAGCUGAGUUUAGAUUUAGACAGUGAUGUUGUUAGGGAAACAGUGGACUCCCUUAAAUUAUUAGCACAAGGACAUGGUGUAGUGCUUUCAGAAAAUAUUAAUGACAGAAAUUAUGCAGACAAUACUUCACAGCAAGACAAUAGGAAUAUGAACUUUGUAAUGCUAGGGAAGCCUGUGAACAAUGGACUUACAGAAAAAAUAGUGGAGGAGAGUGAUGAAGAGGUAUGUCUCAGCAGUUUGGAGUGCUUAAGGAACCAGUGUUUUGAUCUGGCUAGGAAACUCAGUGAGACAAACCCACAGGAAAGAAAUCAACAGCAAAACAUGAACACUCGUCAGCAUGUCAGGCAAGAAGAUGACUUCCAAGGAAGAACACCAGACCGGAAUUACUCUGAUAUGAUGAACCUAAUGAGGCUUGAAGAACAGUUGAGCCCCAGAUCUAGGACUUUUUCUAGCUGUGCCAAGGAGGAUGGUUGUCAUGAAAGAGACGAUGAUACCACCUCUAUUACUUCAGAUAGGUCUGAAGAAGUGUUUGAUAUGACAAAAGGUAACUUAACCCUGCUUGAGAAAGCAAUUGCUUUGGAAACAGAGAGAGCAAAAGCCAUGAGAGAAAAAAUGGCAGUGGAAGCUGGAAGGAGGGAUAAUAUGAGAUCAUUUGAGGAACAGUCUCCAAGACACCUUUCUGGAGAUGACAGGAAGCCUAAACCAAGUGACGGCCAUGUCAAAAAGCCAUAUUAUGGUAAAGAUCCCUCAAGAACAGAAAAGAAAGAGAGCAAAUGUCCUACCCCUGGGUGUGAUGGAACUGGCCAUGUAACGGGGCUUUACCCCCAUCACCGCAGUUUGUCAGGAUGCCCACACAAAGAUAGGGUCCCUCCAGAAAUUCUUGCCAUGCAUGAAAAUGUUCUUAAGUGUCCUACACCAGGCUGCACAGGCCGGGGCCACGUAAAUAGCAACAGGAAUUCCCACCGAAGCCUCUCUGGAUGUCCUAUUGCUGCAGCAGAGAAACUGGCUAAAGCUCAAGAGAAGCAUCAGAACUGUGAUGUGUCAAAAUCAAACCAGGCAUCAGAUCGGGUUUUAAGGCCCAUGUGCUUUGUUAAGCAAUUGGAGAUCCCUCAGUAUGGCUACAGAAACAAUGUCCCCACCACCACACCCCGCUCCAACUUGGCCAAGGAACUAGAGAAAUACUCUAAGACUUCGUUUGAAUAUAACAGUUAUGACAACCAUGCCUAUGGCAAGAGAGCCAUAGCUCCCAAGGUGCAAUCCAGGGAUAUAUCCCCCAAAGGAUAUGAUGAUGCUAAACGCUACUGUAAGAAUUCAAGUCCAACCAGCAGCACAACAAGCAGUUAUGCCCCUAGCAGCAGCAGCAAUAUGAGUUGUGGUGGAGGCAGCAGUGCCAGCAGUACCUGCAGCAAGAGCAGCUUUGACUAUACUCAUGACAUGGAGGCAGCACACAUGGCUGCUACUGCUAUUCUGAAUCUCUCCACCCGCUGCAGGGAGAUGCCUCAGAACCUCUCCACUAAGCCUCAGGAUCUCUGUGCAAGGAAUCCUGAUAUGGAAGUCGAUGAAAAUGGGACGUUGGAUCUGAGCAUGAACAAGCAGAGGCAGCGAGAUGGCUGCUGCACCAUUCUGACCCCACUGGAGCCAAUGUCCCCACAACGACAAGCCGUGAUGAACAACCGCUGUUACCAACUGAAUGAGGGUGACUGCUGGGACUUGCCAGUGGACUACACUAAAAUGAAGCCAAGUAGGAUAGAUGAAGAUGAUUCCAAAGAAAUUAAUCCGGAAGAUUUGGAUCCUUUCCAAGAGGCACUUGAAGAAAGAAGGUACCCUGGUGAAGUUACAAUCCCAAGUCCUAAACCCAAAUACCCUCAAUGCAAAGAGAGCAAAAAGGAUUUAAUAACUUUAUCUGGCUGUCCCUUGGCUGACAAAAGCAUUCGGAGUAUGCUGGCCACAAGCUCACAAGAACUCAAGUGUCCCACUCCUGGGUGUGAUGGCUCUGGGCAUAUAACUGGAAAUUAUGCUUCUCAUCGAAGUCUUUCAGGCUGUCCACGAGCAAAGAAAAGUGGAAUCAGGAUAGCACAAAGUAAGGAAGACAAAGAAGACCAAGAGCCAAUUAGAUGUCCAGUUCCUGGCUGUGAUGGCCAGGGUCAUAUAACUGGAAAAUAUGCAUCCCAUCGCAGUGCAUCAGGGUGUCCUCUUGCUGCCAAAAGGCAAAAGGAUGGGUACCUAAAUGGCUCACAGUUCUCUUGGAAGUCAGUGAAGACGGAAGGAAUGUCAUGUCCAACACCAGGAUGUGAUGGCUCAGGACAUGUCAGUGGUAGUUUUCUUACUCAUCGUAGUUUAUCAGGAUGCCCCAGAGCUACUUCGGCAAUGAAGAAAGCAAAGCUGUCUGGAGAACAAAUGCUAACAAUAAAGCAGCGGGCCAGCAAUGGUAUAGAAAAUGAUGAAGAAAUUAAACAGUUAGAUGAAGAAAUCAAAGAACUAAAUGAAUCCAACUCCCAGAUGGAAGCUGAUAUGAUUAAACUCAGAACUCAGAUUACCACAAUGGAGAGCAACCUGAAGACGAUAGAAGAGGAAAACAAAGUAAUUGAACAGCAAAAUGAGUCUCUUCUUCAUGAAUUGGCCAAUUUAAGCCAGUCUUUAAUUCAUAGUCUAGCUAAUAUCCAGCUGCCACAUAUGGAACCAAUCAAUGAACAAAAUUUUGAUGCUUACGUGACCACUUUGACGGACAUGUAUACAAAUCAAGAUCGUUAUCAGAGUCCAGAAAAUAAAGCCCUACUGGAAAAUAUAAAGCAGGCUGUGAGAGGAAUUCAGGUCUGA